GUGAAGUCAGACCGGAUUCGUCGUUUCUUUUACGAUGGUUAAGUUUUAGGCUCAAUUACUUUCCCUCUUGGUGAAACAGAUAAUUCUGUACCAGCAUAAAAAGGGCAAAAUCAACUACCCGGGGUAGCACAUUAGGUGUGAAUGACGGUGAUCACGGAUAUUCACUGAGAAUGUGGCACGAAUAAACAAUUUAUUUAUUUUAGAACCGGAGAUCCUGUUCACUGCUCAGACCAGCAUAUACCUGUUUUAGAUACUGCCGUAAGAGAAAUCUUCGUGGUUUGGUCGUGUUUCACGCUAAACAUCUGUUUUUUUUGUGACACAGUUUAGACUAGCCUCUCAUUUUCUUAUAGGUUAGUCUCAUCACUACACGAGAAUUGCUCCGAGGCCUCUGUUGCAGCCAGCGCAAAUGGAAACAGACCAGCAGAGAGGGCGUGAUGGCUCUCAGAAAAGAUCACCUUUGGAUAUGAUAAUGAACCAGAUCCGGCGAAAAACCUCUUUCACGGAACGGAGGAAGCCAUCUGUGGGUCGUUUUUUCCGCUCAUCCGAGAGCAGCGAAAAGAAGAAUGCAGACAUCACUGAAACCAAGGAGACAGAGAUCAAUGAGGGAAGAAACAGCAGAGGAACUGGAACAGAGAGCAACGAGACAGAUACAGAGUUAGGCUCUGUGGUAGGCUGGGGCCGCAUCAAACAGUUUGUCCAGAAGCUUGGAAAGACACCAGACAGCCAGAGCUUGAACCUGAGCCACUGUGAUCUGACAGCCACUGAUCUUGUGGAGCUCGGGACCUUGCUGCCAUUCCUGGCUCAGCUGGAGGUGAUGGAUCUCUCCUGGAAUGACUUGCUGGGGGGCUCCCUGCAGGUACUUGCUGUACAUCUGCAGCACGUGGGCAAACUGAAGACGCUGAAAAUGAGCGGCUGCAGGCUCACAGCACAAGAUCUCAGUGCACUGGGGGAGGCCCUGGAUAGUGUUCCUAUGCUGGAGAUCCUGGAUUUGUCCUGGAACGCUGGAGCAGGGGGAGGAAAUCUGCACUACCUGACCAGCCAUUUCAGCUCGGCUAGUGCUCUGAGGGAGCUCCACCUGGUCGACUGUCAGCUUUCUGAGGCAGAUGCUAUGUCAGUGGGUGAACUGCUUCUGCUGCUCCCAUGUCUGGAGGUGCUGGACCUGUCCAGCAACCAGCUGGUAGUGAGGGGCAUGGAGGACGUGGCGUCCUGUCUUGGCUCCACGCCACACCUGAGGAGCCUCAAGCUGAGAAUGUGCAGGCUGGAUCAUGGCAGUCUCACCGUCCUGGGAGAGAAGCUUAAACUGAACCCAGCCCUUGAGCAUCUAGACUUGUCGUGCAAUAAGGAGUGCGGAGGUGGUUUCAGUGCAGUGGCCAUUAGCUUGCCUCUACUCACGCAUCUGAAAUGCUUGGACAUCCAUUCAUGCUGUCUAACAGAAGAAGAUGUCCUCGUGCUGGCGCAGGCCAUUCCUUCUCUGGGUGAGCUCACAGACCUGGAUCUGUCCUCCAACAAAGGUGCUGGGGCUGUGCUUCAAACUCUCCUGCAUGACCUGCCUCUAUCCAAGAUGAAGAGGCUUCACUUAAGUGACUGUGGGCUCAGUCAUGAGGCAUACCAUGCUUUAGCCACAUCCAUGCAGUCCCUCACCCAGCUGGAGAGUUUAACCCUGUCAUGGAACAAGAGUGUCGGGAAAAAUCUGCAGUGGCUCUUGGAGCCAUUGCAGGCCGGCUGUAAACUACAGGAGCUGAGACUGAGUAGCUGUGACCUGAUGACCGAGGACAUGCUUCACAUAGAAUCUGCCUGCAAGCGAGGCGCUUUGUUGCAGCUGAAGAUUUUGGACCUGUCUUACAACAGCAGUGUGAGUGACGGUGGCUGGGUCUCCCUCUUCGGGGAAGCCAGUGGCCUGAAGGAACUGCGGGAGAUGGAUAUUAGCCUGCGGCCCACCACCUCUCUCUCCGCCUCCCCCUGGCUGCCUGCCCUGCUGGAUGCACUGCCCCAGCUGCCCUCCCUCUGCCAUCUGGCCCUGAAGCGCUGGGCCCUCACCCCCGGUGAGUGGGAGAAGCUGCAGAAAGCCAUAAGCCAGAGGAACGUGGGCCUCGAGUGGGAUGAAGUCGCCAUGCCAGGUAGUAGAUAA